AUGAACAACAAGGAAGCUAUUUCUCUUGAUGCUCAUCUCUCUCUUGCUGCGAACAACAACAUCAAACCUCUUUUACGGUGGCCCUCUUCCUCCUUUAAUUUCGCUUACGGCGGCCAUGGGAGGAACAAAAGCGAAAAUCCAGAUGUUUUCAUCCCUAUCAAUCCACGUUUCUCCUCUAUCAUGGUAAGACACGAAGAUGGUGAGAUGAGAUGGCAAAGAGUUGAAGUGAAGCCUGAAGAGCAUCUAAAGUUUCCAAAAUUUCCGGAAACCACAAACUCAUCAUCAUCAUCAAUUGAACUAUAUGACAAUUAUCAUAAUGACUACGUAAGUAGUAUUUUAACUAAAAAAACACCACAAGAGAAACCACUUUGGGAAAUUCAUAUUAUAAAUUAUCCAACCACAAAUGCUGCUUGCACCAUGAUAUUCAAAAUUCACCAUUCACUUGGUGAUGGUUACUCUCUCAUGGGUGCUCUUCUUUCUUGUCUUCAAAGAGCUGAUGACCCUUCUCUUCCUCUCACUUUUCCUUCACGACCACAAUUGAACUCAAACUAUGAAGAUAAAAGCUUGUUUAAGAGGCUGUGUUUUGGUGUAAACUCGUUUUUUAGCUCCAUAUCAGAUUUUGGAUCAAGCAUUAUCAAGGCAAGAAUGAUUGCAGAUGACAUAACACCUAUAAGGUCCGGAUAUGAAGGAACUGAUUCUCAGCAUUUUACCUUGUCAGACAUAUCAUUCUCACUUGAUCAAAUCAAAGAAAUCAAAUCAAAACUUGGAGUGACAAUAAACGAUGUGGUUUGUGGGAUGAUCUUCUAUGGACUUAGGCUUUACAUGGAAGAGAUGAAUGAGAGGACAAAAACAUCAAAUUCAACAGCAUUGGUAAUGCUGAACCUAAGAAGUAUUAAAGGUUAUCAGUCAUUGAAGGAAAUGCAAAAACCAGAAUCCAAAGGUCUUUGGGGGAAUAAAAUAUCUUUCUUACAAAUACCAAUACCUAAGGCAAGCCAAUCAGAAAGUUCCAACCCUCUUGAGUUUGUUUGGGAAGCCAGUGAUGUGUUAAAGAAAAAGAAACGUUCUUUCGGUGUUCAUCUCAUAGGUUUACUCAUUGAUUUGGAGAUGAAACUAAUAGGGCCUGAGGCGGUAGCUAAAGAAAUCUAUAACACCAUUGGAAACUCGAGUGUUCUUAUCUCAAACAUGGUUGGGCCAGUAGAAAAGAUGGCUUUGGCAAAUCAUCCUGUAAAUGGAUUGUAUUUCACCAUGACAUGUGGACCUGAGGAUGUAAACAUUACAAUUAUGAGCUACGUGAAAAUAUUAAGGAUGACCAUGAAAACUUUAAAGGGAUUUAUAGAUGAACAUAAGUUGAAGUUUUGCAUGGAGAAAGCAUUUGAAGUCAUGUACAAAGCGUCUAUGGAGAUCUCUGAGAUUGCUACCAAAAACUAAUUGGGAUGGAAACAAGACUGGUCCUGAAAUUAUGUUUAAUGCGAAUAAGAUUAAAUAAGUAUACCAAUGAAUAAUUGGUAUGAUGAUAAUACUAUUAUUAAGGAAUAACUAUUUUAGGGAGAAUAAGAUUACAUGUUAUGUAUUAUAAAUAUUAUUAAGCAAGACUGGUCGUGAAAUGAUAUGUUUAG